ACUCAUACCUGAACAAGGAAGUGAAUGGAUCGAAUGGAUUAUGUAUUUUUGGCUGACUCGGUUUUAGGUUUGUCUCAUCUCAAUGUGAGCCGAAGCUGUAAUUCUUUUCAACAUGUUAUCGCCUCAGAAUCUCCAGCUGUCUUGCUUGCUUGCCACAUUCUUACUGCUCAGUUGCUGGAAAGCUGAUGGAACGCACAACGGGUCAGAAGUGGUGUCCUCUGUGCAGCUGACCAGUGUCCCCUCCAUUGUGGUGAAGGAGGGGUUGAGCGCAUUGAUUGAGUGUAAUGUGACAGGGGCCCAUGAUAACAUUAAGUGGUACAACUCUAAAGGACCCCUGCAGGGGAACAGCACGGGUGGGAGAUGGCAUAUUCAAGAGAAAGGUGUUCUGAACAUCACCGAGGUGUUGUUUGAGGACCGCGGCAGUUACACCUGUGUUGCCUCGAGCGCCACCGGUGGCACCAAGAACUACACUGUCACUCUUCGAGUUGCCUACACUGACAGCGGCCUGGGGCUGCAUUUUGUUGUUGUGUGCCUGGUGUCCUUCACCAUCACCAUGAUCCUUAACGUGGCACGACUGUGCAUGGUCAGCAGCCACCUCAAGAAGAUGGAGAGGGUCAUCAACGAUUUCUUCCACACAGAGGGUGCAGAGAAACUGCAGACGGCAUUUGAGGUUGCCAAGAGCAUCCCCAUUGUCACUUCGGCCAAGACGCUGGAGCUCGCCAAAGUCACGCAGUUUAAAACUAUGGAGUUUGCCCGUCACAUUGAGGAGCUGGCCCGCAGUAUCCCUCUGCCACCACUCAUUCUAAACUGCCGGGCACUUGUAGAUGAGAUGGGGGAGACUGGGGGACCUGCGUCCGACCCUGGAGAGCUGGUCGGGAUUGUGGCAUCUGGGAACAGGCAGGCCAUAGGCCCACCCAGCCCUGACAGGAAAGGAGAGCAGCUGGCACUGUUUUCAAGAGAAAGACAAAGGAAUGAUGGAGGAGGUGACAAUGUCAAAGUGUCUGUACAUACAGCUUCUGAGAAGGCCGUCAGUGAGGAUAAGGAAGCUGAAAUGUGCACCGAUGUGCUCACACCAGGCACACGAACACUUGUGGGUUAUGAGAGCAGCAUAUAACAUAAAACCUGUCUCAAUGUGAAUCCCAUCAGAAACACAUUUCUAAUGUGAAAGGCAUUUAAUCAGGGAAAUUACUAAAAGGUUGUGAGGUUUGUUAUUAGAUAAAAUUCAACUUAUUUAUGUCUUAUUGUAUCCUCACCAAAUUGUGUAUUGAAACACUUUUUUCAUGAUAAAU